CAGAAUCGACAACAACUGAGCCAACCACCACAGUAGAAUCAACUACUGCGGGACUAACAACAACUGCAGAACCGACAACAAAUAAGCCAACCACCACUGUAGGAUCAACUACUACGGGAGCAACCACAACUGCAGGGUCAACCAUCACAGCGGGUUCAACUACUACAGGGCUGACUACAUCUGCAGACUCAACUACUACAGGACCAAUAACUACUGCAGGAUCGACAACAACUGAGACAACCACCACAGUAGGAUCAACUACUUCUAGACCCACCACAACUGCAGGGCCAACCAUCACAGCGGGUUCAACUACUACAGGGCCGACUACAUUUGCAGGAUCACCUACUACAGGACCAACAACUACUCUAGGAUCUACAACAACUGAGCCAACCACCACUGCAGGAUCAACUAAUACGGGACCAACCACAACUGCAGGGUCAACUACUACAGGACAAACAACUACUAUAGGAUCAACUACGACGGGGCUGACCACCACUGCUGGUCUAACAACUACUGUGCUAACAACAGUAACCAUUCCACCAUAUUGUGCAUUACAACCAAAAAAUUGCUUUUCCAAGGGUUUUGCGAUUAUGCCAAAAUGUUGUGUCAGUCCGCCUUCAACGCUAGUAGCUUUUAACGGGCCAGACCAUGCCUGCCGAGCAACCAGAGGUGCUCUGAAAGCGUUCAAUGUUUUCUUGCUAAAUAAGCAGCAGCGAUUCAUCAACUCACCAACAAACUCAAUCCUCUUCCAAAGUUUGAAAGUAAAAAAAGCUCUGGGGAGAAGGGCUUGCUUCGUCAACUGCUACUUGAAGCAAAAAGGGGCCAUGUCAGCUACUAAUGUAAUCGAUACCGCCAAGCUAACCUCUUUGUUGACCACCACGCAAACCGAUGCCGCCUGGAAGUCCAAAAUUUCAACAGCGAUAACAGAUUGCAUAUCUAUCGUUGAAGGGUUAAGCAUUCCUGACUUCGUUUCCCAAAGAUCCACAUGCCCUGGUAAAGCUUUUGUCAUUGCACAAUGCGUCGUCCUCAAAACAAUAAGUAAUUGCCCAACAAAAGUGAACACGAAAAUCUGCAUGAGAAAGUACAACUUUUUCAACAGAUGCACUUGCAAUAUAUUUAAAACGCAAGCAUUGAACAAGCAAGUCGGAGUUGCUAAACAGAAGAAAUUAAAGAAAGUCAAAGUUACUUACAAUAAGAAGGGAAAAGACAUCAAUGGGAAUGAGCUAGAAAUUGUGGAAAUGAGCAAAGACGAGAAUAAGAAGAAAGGUAAGAAGGCAAAGAAAAAUAAGGGAGGGUUAGAUGGGCAAAAUGGAAUAAAAAAGGCUAAAAAAGAGAAGAAAGUGAAAGUCAAGACGGAAAAGACGAAGGAAAAAAAUAUUAAGAAAGGAAAGAAGGAUAAAGAACAGUUAAAUGAAAACAAGAAAAAUGGACUAAAAAAAGUUAAAAAGGCAAAGACCGCUAAAGAGGGGUUGAAAAGAGAAAAAGGAAAGAAAGAAAAGAAGGUCAAGAAAGAGAGGGGAGAAUUAAAAAAGAAAAUUGAAAAGAAGCAGAAUGGGCCCAAAUAUGUCAAAAAAGAAAUGAAAGUUAAAAACGAGAAGAGCGUGGUUGUGGCUGGAGAGGUUGAAGAGAAUAAUGUAAAAAAGGAGAAGUUGUAUGGAAAAGUGGAGAAAACAGCGGAGAAAAAAUUAAAGAGACAAGAAACAAGUAAAAAUUCUGUCAAAGGUUUAAAGGCAGACAAACAGAAAGAAAAUGAAAUUAUCUCAAAUGGUAAAAAAGGCAGCAAAAAGGAGAGUCAAAGAAUGGGAGGCAUCAAAGUAAAAAAGGAGAAGCUCGGUAACAACGCUGAUGCAACCCGAAUCAACACUGAAAACGACAUUAAACUAGCUUGAGCUUUAACGAAAAUUCACUGAUAUGAAUUCUUGGCUACGAUUUAACGUUCUUUAUUCUUCUAAAUAGUGAUUGAAAGUUGUGUGUUUGACUAAAUAUUAAAUAAAAUUAUUUCU